AAAAUGGCGACGGUAUUGUGGUGUAAGUUCUGGAUGUAAAUACACGAUCUUGAAUUCUGAUUUGUUUUGAUCGCCGUCAGAUUUAAAAUUGCUGCGAAACUGAGAGUUUUAAAAUGGGCGCAAUAUUGGCGAGAUUCAGAAAAAAGCCCUCCACAAUGGAGGUGCUGGAGUCGCUUGACAAAGACAUACAGGCCUUGUUCAAGUUCAAACGACGUAAUCAACAACUUGAAAAGCAUUAUAUCGGCAUGCUGCUUUUAUACUCCAUCAUCUUAUACACUAUCGGAACCGUGGUCGUCUACUUUUACUAUUUCCCAAAUAACUGGAAAGGAAGACUCCUCUGUGCACUGCCACUUCUUGUGUUUCCUUUCAUCUAUUCAUUUGUUUGCUGUUUAUUUCCUCUAGUAGAAGCAUGUGCGAUGCUGCGAGAGGAAAUUGAUCUUGCCUUAGAAGAAUUACUUGAAAAAAAGAAAAAAAUGCUUGAGGAUGUUAUGGAGCAUGAGACUUAUAAAACUGCCAAAGAAAUCUUAGAAAAAUAUGACCCUACUUUUAAGAAGCCAGAGUCACCACCAGUGAGACCACAGGGAAGAUCUCCUCCUGGAUCAGCUGUGCGUCAACGUACUCCCGCAGCACGGGGUAUGGUCGGUGCUCCUCCUGGACAAGGUACUCCUGGACAGCAAAUGAGGCUACAAAGACCAAUUACCACACCCCGUCCUAUUUUGCCAAGAGACCGUGGUGCGGUGGACAAAGUUGUCGAGUACUUAGUUGGUGAUGGGCCAAACUAUAGAUAUGCAUUGAUCUGUAAAAUUUGUCAGUCACAUAAUGGUAUGGCCCUUGCUGAAGAGUUUGAAUACCUUGCUUUUAAGUGUGCAUAUUGUAAUGGAAUGAAUCCUGCCAGAAAAACUAAACCCAAUGCACCACCACUAGCUGUGGCUUUACAUGGAGGCACACCCCCACCCACUCCAAAAAGACAACAUCAAGGUAGCCAAUCACAGAGUACGUUACUUCUGACUCACCAAGAAAAUAAAGAGGUUCCCGUUGGCUUAAUUACUGGGUGUUAA